UAUCAAUUUUCUAGAAUGUAAUCGAACGGAAAGGGGGAGGGGGGAAAGAAGGCAGGUGUGGUCGCGGGCCGGUUAAUUGAAGCCUGCUAUUAAUUAGUAAAUAUGAGAUAUAUAUUUGCGUUACGCUUUUGCGCAAUAUUUUACGUUCUUAUAAAAGCGCGCAUUAUAAAGAGAGGAAUAAAAUUGAUGACGCGAAAUACGAUCGAUAUACGCUCGGUUUAUCAAAUCCCCAAAGUAACAUUAAAAAAAAUCAUACAUUUCAGCAGAUUACACAUUUCCCUCCAUGAAUGAUAAAAAAAUCUGGCGAAAAUCAGGGAGACCCGAAAAAGUUGUGCUCUUGUCCUCAGAAUCCCGCGGAUCCUCUCCAUCAUUUUCCUCGGUAUUUUCAACAUCCUUUAAACACGAAACUCGGCUGACAUUGACCGAUGAGCACCACUGCGAGGGCUCCUUGGGUGUUCGCGCGCGCACUCGGCACGCCAAGUCUUUUAACAGAGCGAAGGGCAGAAGAGCGGCGAGACCGGUGCUCUAUAGGUAUCGGCAUACAUUCUAUUCCGUAUGCAUGCGCACACACAUAUGAAGUACGCACACAUCUACCUACGCACGCGCAUACACACACAGACACACGCACACGUGGCACUCGCCGCGACGCGACGCGGCGUAGUACGCCCGGCCGCCGCGAAAGGGCGCGCCGGUCUCCCCUCCCAGCCUCCGACUCCAUCCCCACCACGCCAUCCCUUCGCGGCCGGCUGAUCCCCGCUGUUCCCGCCGCUCCCCUCAGUCGCCGCCCCACCAUCGCGCCGCACGGACGUCUGGAGAGCGCUGCAGCUGCCGCUACAACCGCCGCGCUUUACGGAGUGCGCGAAGCCCGUCGUGAAGAGACGCGAGACCGCGCAUCGCGACGCUGUCGUCGUCGCCGUCGUUUCCCUGGUGUCUGCUGGCCGGCUCGGUCGCUAACCUAAAAAGUUCGCCGACGACGCCGUUGGCCGGCGUGGUGCGGCGUCCUCGCCGAAAUCCUUUGUUUGGCGAGUGUGCGCGCGCGCGCGCGCGUGUAUCUCCUGUCGGCGAGAGUCUCGUGAGUUGAGACUGGUCGUGAUCGGAUCGUGAUCCGGGUGCUCGCUCUCCGUACGUGACAGCGCGCCGACUCUCGAUCGUUUUGCUUUAUCCCACCGCGACCUUGAACUUGUGCGUGUGUGUGCGUGCGUGCGUGCGCGCCGAUCGCCCUCUCCUCGAGACGACAGCGAGGGUGGGAGGAGAAGAGGAGCGAGGGAGACUCGGGUGCGACGUCGUCGGGAUCCUGGAUGUGAGCGAGGAUGUUUUCCUACGCAACCUUCCCAGUGGGGCUGCAGGUACGAUUCCCGAUCGUCGCCGGGCCUGCUGGUGGUAAAGUCGCGCCGGUGGACCACCAGGUGCGGCAACGGGCGACGGAUCAUCGGUGACCAUCGGGACGCGGUGCAUUAACUCUCCGCCGGCAUGGAGGCGACGAACGGCGCGAUCGAGCACGACUUCCACAACACGCUGGUGCCGAUAAACGGUAGCCACUCGGGCAGCUCCGGCAGGAGUACACCAAACGGCGGAGACCCGGCGCCGGGAAAGCUCUUCGUGGGCGGCCUCUCCUGGCAGACAAGCAGCGAGAAGCUGCGGGAGUACUUUGGCAUGUUUGGCACCGUCACCGACGUCCUCAUCAUGAAGGAUCCGGUCACACAGCGUAGCCGCGGUUUCGGCUUCAUCACGUUCGCCGAGCCCGGUAGCGUCGACAAAGUCCUCAAGUGUCCCAUCCACACCCUGGACGGCAAGAAGAUCGAUCCGAAGCACGCGACGCCGAAGAACCGCGCGAAACAGGCCAAUCGCACCAAGAAGAUCUUCGUGGGCGGUGUCAGUCAGGACACGAGCAGCGACGAGGUCAAGGCCUACUUCAAUCAAUUCGGCAAGGUGGAGGAGACGGUGAUGCUGAUGGACCAGCAGACCAAACGACACCGCGGCUUCGGCUUCGUCACGUUCGAAAACGAGGACGUCGUCGACCGCGUAUGCGAGAUACACUUUCACACCAUCAAGAACAAGAAGGUCGAGUGCAAGAAGGCGCAGCCCAAGGAGGCGGUGCAGCCGGGCGCUCUCGCCCUCGGCAAACGGGUGGUCCUGGGCGCCCUCGGCGUGCGGCUCGCACCGCAACCGCCGCUGCCUGUCGCUGCGGCUGCCUCGCAGCUCGUCGCGGCGCAGGCGCAGGCCGCGCAGGUGCAGGCAGCCGCAGCCGCGGCAGCGGCGGCGCAGGUGCAGAACGCGGUCGCGGGUUACGGCAAGCUGUUUGCCGCUACCGGCGGCUAUCCGGCCCUCUCCGCGUAUCGAUACGCGCCGUAUCCGAUACCGGCCGCGGCAGUAGCGGCGGCCGCGGCUGCCGCGGCGCCAGCCGCACCCGCGGCACCGGCGCCGAACCACGGUGCGGCUGCGGCCGCGGCUGCAGCCGCGGCAGCGGCGACGUCACCGGCCGCUGCCGCGGCGCCCGGCAAUCCCUAUCAGGGCUACUCGCUCACCAACGUCGACAUGUCGAGCUUCCAGGGCGUCGACUGGGGAUCCAUGUACGGGAUGGGGAUGUACGUUUAAAGCGGAGACGUCGCCGCCACGACCUUGGGAUCCGGCGAACGAACAAAUCCACGUGUUUGUACUCUCCGAGGUCGAAUGCCUGCGAAAUCACCCCCGCCUUUCCAUUCCCUCGAUAUCGAGGGAAUUCAAAGUGUCUCGUGGAGGAAAAUGGCCCACCGCUUGCAAAACUGCAGCGACGAGACAAUGAAAAUACUCUCGACGAAGAUAACUUCCGACUUGAUGCUUCCGAUCGCCAUUUCAUUGGUCGUUCUCGCAUCACCGGUAAGCGACGCUAGUAGGGAUGAUGGAUUCUUCGAUACUUUUGUUACGGGAUGAAAUCAUACACACACACGUACACGUACACUCACACAUACACACGUGGAAAAGCUUACAAGCGGAACGGAUCCAAUAAAGAAAGCUGAAAUUUCAAUCGUUUCGUACUCGAGCGAAAAGCAAAGAUUGUCAAGGGAAUAAACGAUCUCUCGGGUGAAAGUGACGACUAGAAUUAGGUGCGCGAGGCGAAGCUCGUAAGAUCAGAUUGAAAGGAUUAUAUUGGAUUGUUUUUCCAAAACGAACAUUUUUUUGCGUUUAACGUCAUACUUAAUUAUUUAAUUUAUUUAGAGCGUCGCGCUGAGGAUCGAGGCUGAUGAGCCUCAUUACGUGUUAUUAUUUUUUCAGAUCCCAUUUGUCUUUCGUUAUCGCGUCUCCGAUUCAUAUCCAUUUCUCACGAUCACAAGUCAUUGCGUAUACUUUGGUUCCUAUUUAGAUUAACGCGUUAUAGACUUGAAUCGCGCCUCAUCUAUGCUCGUUAUGUUAAUCAACGCGAUCCAUUAGCGAUAGUCUCUUAGUUUCUUACUUGUUCCCGGCCGUUUUCUGGCCACGAAGCAAUAAAAAGAGAAAAAUGCGAGAGGCGGUGAACGAUUUACUUUCCGCCGCGCAAGGUUCGAGACAAAAAGUUCGCCCGGUUGCCCCCUUACUUCCUCUCUCUUUUUUUUUUACAUGUAUACAUUUUCUCAUGUCUCUUGAUGAUGAUGAUGAUGAUGAUGAUACAUGUGCGCAUAUUCCGCCAAAAUACAUUGUCGAGUUGCCUUCGCCAGAGACUGAAGUACGAAUGCGAUGCGUACGAAUGAGAGAUACCAAUCGAGUGAGAAAAUAAGACCGAUUUUACCCGAACGCGUCUUCAGAGUAAAACACACACCGACCGCUCGGACUCUGUUUCUUCGUCAGCGCGAGUCGAAUCGAUAGCGAAAGACUUAAUGUUAGAGAGACUAGAUUCGCGUCAAGUGCCAAACGAACGUAAACGGGCAGGGAGGCAUUUCACUUUCUCUCGCUUUGUCUUUAUUCCGAGGUCCGAGCGACGACUACAACGACACGACGACGGACUCCUUCACGAUCCUCUUCGUCGCAUCGCGCUUCCAAGCUCGCGUUUCCUCUCGCAUUUCCAGAGGCAACAGGUCACCACACAUACAAUCCAUUUCGCGCGAACGAGCAGACCCUUUCGAGAUUACAUACGUACGAUACACACACGAUGAGGAACAACACGAGGGGGACACGUGUACGACUAUGUAUAAUGUAUAGAUACAUAUAUACACACGUAUAUAUAUAUAUAUUUUUCUUCAAAUAAUGGAAGACAAUAUUUCUCCGCUCUCCAUCGCGUUAAAUAAGACUAGCGAUACACACACACACAAUACAUAUAAUAUACACAUACACGCGAAUGUAAUUUGAUUAAAUUCGAGUCGCGUCGAACAAAUAAGACUUUUAGCGAUUGUAAUCCGCGCAAAGGGAUGUAUUGCGCUGAAUAGUUGUUAAGAAAUUGAUCGACAGUAUCAUGCGCACGCGAUGUAAGCCGCGAGCGAUCGGCGUCACUUAAUGAGCUCCUAAGAGAGGACGAGUCGGCAGUUUUAUUUAAGUUAAUCUUAAGCAAACACACACAUACACCUACACCCACACAGAUAGCAUUAUUGAUGAUAGCGGAUAUAGAUACUUAAGCGAAUAACUCGUAACAAUAAGUAAUACAGGGGGGAGGGCUUUUCCCCCCGGACGCGCGCGCGAGAGACAGAUACUUAAGAGAUAUUAUUAUAUUACGCAUCUUUAUAAAUACACUUAAGAGAACUUGUGCGACUGUACGUUAAACUGCGAGAAACGGGAAUUCAAGAUUGAGAUUAGCUCACGUAUAACUCAAGCGAUAAAUUAGGUAUUUAAGUCUUAAGUCGCGUAAGUUAAGGCACUCGUGAGGAAGGUAUUAUUAAAAAGAUAUUUGUGCGAGAGAGUAUGUGAGAGAAAGAGAGACAGAUAUUUAAUUUAUACGCCCCGAGAUCGACUCGCCGCGACAAGUAUUCAAGUUUAAAUGUGUCUUUGCGACGAUUUGCGCCAGCUUGUCAAACUCUCGUGUAAAUACGCGAAGUUUCCUCCAAUCGAUAUCUAUCCCGUCCCUUUUACAUUUUUUUUUGCUUUAUUUUAAUUAUUUAAAUUAUUCGUUAAAGCGCAAUGCAGCGCUUGAAAUUGUCGAUGUGUCUUAGUUCGUAAGUUUCUCAAGUGUUGUUUCGCGCGACCGUAGAUUCGCCGCGCGAUAUUCGCUUAAUUUAUUUUCUUUACCUCUAGUUUUUUUUUUAUCUCGUACAUUACCGAUAGUCUGUAGGAAUAUCAAGUGCAUGUAUGACAGGGGGAGGGGGAGAAGGGGCGUUUGGUUCGCCCGAAUGAUCUCAUUUCGUCGAUCGGUGUCGACGAGUAUUUCGCGAAUAUUUUCAGUAGUUUCUUUCCGGAUGGGAUUGGGAGAUGGAAUUUAGAUGAGAGAGGGUCGUCGUCGUCGGCGGGACGAACACGGGGCGUCUUCGACGAGGAGUCGUAUGUAGGAUGUGAGAAAUUUCGAGCAAUAAGCGAUUGACUCAAACUUUAAACUACACUAUUAUUAUACGAGUAUUAUUAACGAAAAUACAAAAUGCGUCGGCGCCUUUGCGCGCGUAAUCGAUAGAUGAGAUAAUCUCCUAGGUAUAUAAAUAUACGAAUACUCGAGAUGCGAAAGGAUUUGGAUAAUAAUAAACGAGCGAUAAAGCGAGGGAAGGAUCCGAGAGCGUUGGGGAUUGGGAAGGAUCUCCGAUCCUUCCGAAACAAGUAAUAUUCUCUAGUGAUACUACACAUAUAUAUAUACUUUAAUAUACAUAUAUAUAUAUAUAUGAACAAAAAAAUAUAUAAUUAUAUACAUACACACCGUAAUGCUAAGGAUAAACAAAAAACUCGCGAGUGAUAUUUAUGACGUAUUAAGGGGAUAUAUUAUACAAAAGUAAGAACGAAAACGUUCAGAGAGAAACAAACGGGACGAACAAUGGACGAGGAGACAGUAGACGCGAAAAAUGAGAAGAUCGCAGUUUUCAUUCUCGAUAGACACUUCUGCGGACCCCGCUUUCCUCCUCCGUCUUCGGUCCAUCAUAUCUCUCCUCCCAUUUCUCUCUCUCUCUUUCUCUCUCUCUCAUUUUUCUUGCUCGCGGGCGCGAACAUUUUUUCUAAGUGAAAAUAAAAAAUUUUUCGAGAACAUCUGUUUUUUUUGUAUUAUAAUAUUUUUUUUUUAUUAACGGAAGAAGGAUAAAGAGAGAGAGAGAGAGAGAGAGAGGCUCUGUUCGGGGCUGUUUUCCCGAGGAGAUUUUUCGAGCCGGUGUCGUCGAACCAUCGUACGCGUUCUCCCGAUGUAUUUAUUUUCAAAGUUGCCUUCUGGAAGCGAAGAAAUUCCGCGACGGACGCUCGCGAAUGCUCGACGAUUCCGCGAAAUUUUCUCGAAGAUGCGAGAAUCGGGGGCAAUUUCGGCGAGUUCAAAUUUUCGACAACAAAAGGUAAAAUCCUUCACCUGUAGAUCCACACUCGAGAAAUCUUUUCGAGAGAUUUUUUCGCGGUAAAAAUCGACAUUUUUUUGAUCUCGCCGAAAUCUGCCCUGUUUUUUUCAAAACUCUGGUUGCAAAAAAUCCCUAGUAUCCCUACCUAGUUUCUAUACAGCACUGAUCAAGAGUAUUGCAUUACUUAUUGUUAGAAAAGCAGGAAAAUCGUUACUUUAAUGUAAUAGAAACAUGUAUAAAUAUUAUCAACUUAUAUUUUAUUCUUUACAUGUCGUAAAAAUUAAAAAUUAUAACAAAUAUUAAAUUUUUGAGUCUUCAAAAUAACCUUCCUCUCUCAAUUAUCGAAGCUUAAUUCGAUAAGACUAUCGUGGGACGAACUUUGUAAAAGAAUCGAAAAAAAUGUAACCUGUAUUCAGUAACAAUUUAAAAAAAAAAACUCAUUGAAUGCAGAGGGAAACUAUUUUGAAGGAUCAGAAAUUCAAUAUUUAGGUCAGGUUGCUCGUUAUGAUUGAAAUAAUAGUAAUAAAAUAUAAUUUGAUAAUAUUAAUAUAAGUUUUUUCUUUCAUUGAAUAACAUCUACCUUGUGUUCACAAGCGAUGCAACACUUUUGACCGGUAUUGUACGUUUCCAUUACGGGUCGAAACAAGCCUCAAUCGUCCCGGAGAAGCGCGAUUCUCCGGACGGAUCGUCAUCGAGACUGCAAAUCGAGGACUGUCCCUCGGGUAUCUCGGAAAUUGGACGAUGUAUCGUUAAAUAAUAACGGCUCGCGAUUUACUCUACUCCUGUCGGCUCGACGAAGAUGGAAGGGUUACUCGUAAAAUUUCUCAGCAAUAAAUUUAGCCGUACGAGUCGCGAAACAUCAAAGUCUCGGACGUUUCCCUGAUCUGUUCAUUUCGGAAGUGUCUCAUCGUCAGUUAUCCCGACGAGAAGAGAAAGAGAGCGGGAGGGAGGGGAAAAAGAAACGCGAUAAUUUGACCGAGCGCACCCUCUGUGACGAUUUUGCAAUCUUAUCAGCGAACCGUUAUGAGCUGUAAUAGGGAAUCUUCAAUCCGAUAUUGCUUUCGCAUAAACUCUCGCGACAAGUUAAUAUCGCACACAUGUCAAUUCGUUCCGCGACGCGCGAAUUAUUCCUUGCAUUUUGAAUAUGCAAUUAUAAUUAAAUCAUAAGUAUGUAAAGCCUCAUAAUCAUAUACGAUCGAUAUAUAGAUCGAGGGAUGUAGUCUAAUCCAUUAUAGCCCAUAACGUACGGUGUAUUGUAACGUCGUUGAGAUGCGUUGCAAACAAGUCUUAAGACGUCGAGCACUAGAGACGAGAUCGAUCGUGGCUUCGGUAAAGCAACCCUUUACAGGGCAGCAAGGGUCGAUAAUUUUUUAGACAAGCUGAUUAACAUCCACGCAAAAUACUGCUUUAUUUUACAAGAUUCGUGUGCUAAUUUUUUUUGCAACCACAAUUAUCCCUAUAAAGGGUUGGGGACUCGUGUCUGCUGAUAAUCUCGUCUCGUGAAUCUCGCGGGUUGUCGCGUAUUUUCGUUCUCCGGCAAUUUUCAGCGUCAAUGUGAAAUCAUCGUCAUCGUCGACGGUGACAGAUAAGUUCCACGAUUUUCGCGCGGCGAAAAUCGAGUCUCUCUCGCCUUGUCUGGUGUUUUUACCUCUAAUAUCUGCCCAAUGACACCGUCAUUGUCGAGGAAAAAAAUAUCACCACGGUGAAAGCCAUCUCUCUCUUCCGAUUAGCACAGCUCCUCCUUCCGAUCCUUUCGAUCUUUCCCGAUUUGGUCCAGUUCCACGUAACAUCCCUUAGUAUAUAUGUAUAUAUUAUAUAUAUUAUAUAUAUUAUAUAAUGUAUAAUAUAUGUAAUAUAUAUUUUGUAUCUCAGUCUGACAAUUGUGUAUCUCAUAUACAUAUAUACAUAUAUAUAUAUAUAUACAUAUUGCGAAUGUUGUUAGUAAUUAUUAGCGUAGCUGGUAUUUUUUGAUGAGCGCUCUAACCAUCACUAGUUGUGUAUGAAACGUAGGUGAAGCAUGCUGGUUGAAAUAUCUUUCCCCCUAAUCGUCUCAUAUCCACCUUUUUGAUUCUCCUCCGAAACCUCUUCCUCCCCCCCCCUCCCUCCUCCGUCUUCCGCUUUUCUCAUUACGAUCCGUUUGCACUUCCGCUUUCCCGUCGACACGAACGUCAUUGCUCGAAAUAUAUUCAAGAGAGAAGAGAAUAAAAGAAAAAAAGAAAAAAAAAAAGAAAAAAGAAGCCUCACGAUUCUCUAUCGCUUUUUUUCUCGUUGAAUCAAAUCUUCUCGUUUAAUUACGCGAUUAGAGCAAUUUUGUUAUCCCGGAUAUUAAUUCCUCUUUGCCUCUCGUGUAAUUUUUUUCGUGCAAGAUUCAAUCGGUCAACACUUGUCGACGAGAUAUUUUUAACUUUUGCACGACAACGAACAAUCCUUGGCUUUACUAUUUUCACUUCGAGUCUUCCGGGCAUCUCCCCUUCCCCGCGCCUAGUUACUUAAUUUCCCCCUUCCGUGCAAAUUUCCCAAGCAACCUUCGCCCGACUGUGGAACAUUACGGACAAAAACCGAGAAAUUGUCUGACGAAAGAUCGAUACUUAUAUGUACAUAUGUGUGGGAAAGAAUCUAAGAAAGGAGAAGCGAAAGAGAAAGAGUGAGAGUGAGAGAGAGAGAGAGAGGGAGAGAAAGGAAGACGGAGAACGAAAUCGAACUGUGUAAUGUAUGUACAUGCAAACAUACGCACGUCCCUCUUAACACUCCCAACGUCUUAAUUGCGUAAGCGCUGAUAUACUCGAUACUCGAAUCGCAUUACUAUUAUUACUGCUAUUCAUUAUCAUUAUCGCCAUUAUCUCACAAUUAUUAUUAUUAUUACUAUUAUUAAUAUUCUUGAUUACUAUUAUUAUUAUUAUUAUUAUUAUUAUUAUUAUUAUUACGCAUCAGCAUCAUUAUUGUGCUUGUCAUUAUUAUUACGAUUAUAAUUAUUAUCAUUAUUAUUAGCGACUCUUACAAAACACACACACACACACACACACACACACACAUACGUGUUCUUUAUAUUCGUACCAACACGUGACGCAUCGCGUGCGUGCCCGCGAGUCGCGGCUCUCUUAAAUGUUCCCUUAAUUUAUCCCGCCACUUUGUGUUAUCGUUUAUUAGAUUCUUACGUGCCAGCCACACACGUGCGUGCCAUAAAGGGGAUAAUUGUUGGGUUCCUAUUGAAAUAUAAAAACGCGCGUCGCGACGCAAGCCAAUUCGAUCGCCAAUCGAAAGGAGGAAGAGGAAAGAAAGGCGGGAAAGGGGGUUCGCCAUGCAAAGUCACCCCGGGGAUGGAGGCGACGAUCGAUCACGGGGGCUCGUACUCUCUCCUCUCAUCCCAUCGUUCAUCCAAAAAGUCGCCAACUCUCGGUUUCUUCCCCCCCCCUCCCUCCCUCCUCCCUUCAGAUCAGUUGUAACGUAUUGGCGAUGCCAAUGUAAACGUUCGGGCUCUUCUCCAUUUUAUAUCGCAUUUCCGUUUUGUUUGCCCCCUUUCUUUCCUCCGUUCGCUUAUCUGGGCCUAUCUUAUCUCGAUCGGGCAAGGGAAAGAAAACCGAUUAUCCGGCGGCGAUUAUUUUGACGUUUGCGUCCGAGCGCGUGCGCGAUGCAUACGACCACAUACACGUGCACACAUAAAUGCAUAUAAACGUACACGCAUACUAGACAGGAAGAUAUACGACGCUAACGCAAGAGUACGCUAGUUGGCGCACGCCAAGAACGACAGCAACACGAACGAAAACGUAACGUAAAAUUAGUAUAGGUUGAUGCCUAGAAAAAAAAUUGCCAAUAAAGUAGUCGUUUAAAACUUGUA